UUCCUUACGACAGCGUUCGUUGACGUUGAUUCUUGAUAGGGAACGCGUCGCGUCGUGUGUUGCGUCUGUGCCGUGUGACGCUGCCACUUGUAUUCGACGCAUUAUAGCUCGCUCAACAGCGCCAGAUGUCUUCGUGGUGGUCGCUGUCGGUAAUUACAUCUGGGUCAGUGAAGACAUCAGAGGCGGUGCGGAUGGGCUGCGGUAGGUUGCGCGGCGCUCCACACCAGGGCGCCUUCCGAGCCGCCGACGCCGAGCGGACGCGCGUCCCCCGGCCUCGCCCCUCUAUGGCGGUGUGAGCGAGGAUGCGACUGCCCUGCUCCAUCUUUUUGUCGGUGUCCCUGUUCACGGCCGAGACCACAGCGGCGCUCUACCUGAGUUCCACGUACCACUCGGCGGGGGACGAGGUCUGGCAGAAGCUCACUUUGCUCUUCUCGCUUGUGCCGUCCAUACUGGUGCAGUUGGCCCUCAUCUUCUUUCACCGGGACUUGGGCAGGGACCGGCCGUUCAUCUUGCUGCUGCACAUCCUGCAGUUCGGACCCAUCGUCAGGUGUUUGGAGGCCUUCUGGAUCUAUGGCAGCGUGGGCCGUGUGGAGGAUCCCUAUGUCAGCAUUACCAGGAAGAAGCACAUGUCCCGCCGGGGUAAGCCUGAGGAGGUGGAGCGGCAGGUGGGCCAGGCUGAGGGCAAGUUGGUGACGCACCGGGCAGCCUUUGCGCGCACCACCGUCAUGCAGGCCUUCCUGGGCUCGGCCCCACAGCUCACCCUGCAGCUCAACAUCUGCGUGCUGCAGCGUGGCGUGUCUGUCGGAAGAGGCACUCUGAUGGCGAUCUCCUUACUGUCCAUCGUUUACGGCGCCUUACGCUGCAACAUCCUGGCCAUCAAGAUCAAAUACGACGACUACCAAGUGUCCCUGAGUCCGUCGGCCUACCUGUGCAUCUUCAUGUGGCGCAGCUGUGAGAUAGCUAGCCGCGUGGUGGUGCUAGUUCUGUUCAGCUCGGUUCUGAAAAUCUGGGUGCUUCCCGUCGUCCUGGUCAACUUCCUGGCUUUCUUCUUCUACCCGUGGAUUCUGUUCUGGAGGAGCCACUCUGCCUUCCCCCAGCACAUCGAGAAGACUCUGACACGUGUGGGGACCGCUGUUGUGCUGUGCAUGCUCACCUUCCUGUACGCCGGCAUCAACGUGUUCUGCUGGUCAGCCGUGCAGGUGAAGCUCAGCGACCCGGACCUGAUCAACAAGUCUCAGAACUGGUACCGCAUGGUGGUGUACUACAUGCUGCGCUUUGUCGAGAAUGCCUUGCUGCUGCUGAUCUGGUACAUCUACAGGACCGACUUCUAUGAGUUCAUAUCAGCGCCGCUACUCAUGAUGGAGCUAUUGGGGGUCUACGGCGCCUGCAUUUUCUUCAUGCUUCUCUUCUACACGUCCUGUCACCCGUGUCGUCGGCUCUUCAACCCCAGCAUAAACCGGGGCUUGGAAAACUGCCGCGGCCUCCUCUGCCUUUCGUGCAUCACCGCCGAGUUGACAAAUAACCCCCGCAUGGAAGCCAGGCCCGGCGGCGAAGUCGCCAUGCCUGCUGAUUGCAACAUUUCGCAAGAUGGGGGCUGCAGUGCUUGACUCCCAAGUGCCACAUUGAUGACUCCAUUACACUUGCCUUUAUUGAUCUGCUCUUUCCCAUCAUUUUAACAGCACGUGCCUCCUUAUAUUACAUUUAUUCAUACAGCUGAUGUUAUUCUGCAGCCUGCAGAUGAAUUACAUUUCGAAUGAGAUUUUUGGAAAAUCCCUCAAUAUCGAUCAAUCUGUUCCAACACGCUCCUAAAAUAGGCCUUGCGUUUUAGUUUUAUCCACAACGGGGCAGUGUUGCACCAAAAAGCAGAACACCAAUCAGUGUUGCCUGUAUUAUAGUGCGGGCUGUUUUCCAAGAAUGUUCUGUCCAUCCAUUUAGAGAUGAUCCGGAUAUGGCAUGCAAGAUAUGUGUGUGGGGGCUCUUUUCUACUUUGUCUUGACGAUGAAAGCUUUAUGUGCUGCUGCUGUUGUGACGUACAGUAUUUGAGACCAUCACCAAACAAAAGACUUAACGUGCUUUUGUUGUAGUUUUUGCACGUUUAUACAAGCACUCCAAGAGAAGCUUUUUUUGUAUUUGCAUCCCAAGUCAGUCAGAGUUAUGUCUCUAUCUAUGCAGUGUGUAUCCGCACCAAGAGCGCCCGCACACACACACGCAUGAAUGGGUGCUGGACCGUCGUUCCAAACUUUACGUGGCAGUGUACAGUGUUCUGAAGUGCAUUCAAUGGUUGAAAUGCUCAUUUGAAAUGCCAUAAAUCUGUAUUUAUAAAUGAA